AUGGCAAAUGGUAUUAACGUCAAAAUAGUUUGCGGAUGUGUGCUUCUUGUUCACGGAAUAGGUUUCGCAUUUCCCAUGGAAGAUGAAACAGUAUUCGUGCGCGCAACACACCCACAGAAGUUGCGCAGAAGAAGAUCAAACCUUGACCCCGACAUAUUACCCCCGGGCCUUGACAUGGAGUUCAACAUGGGUCCCGAGGUUGUACAAAUGACCCUGGUCCGGUCAGUGCACCCCACCAGAACAACGCCAUCUUACAUCAUAGAGAAGAAUGGGGUGAAACAUCAUCGUAAUCUAACACAGGGUUCUUACGGCGUGUACCAAGAUCCGUCUUUGGGGGCUUCCAUCAUUGUUCGGAACAACGACGAGGGACAAUUUCACUUGUCCGGAACAUUUACCUACAACUCCUCCCACUACGAACUUGAACCAUUAACCAAUCAACUUCGAAAUACUCAUGCUUCGAACCUCGAAGGGGCUCCACACAGGAUCAAGCGGCAGGAGGCGCCUAGGGGUAAUUUUAUGGGCGACGAGCUGAUUCCACCUGGUGAGAUGUCUGGUCUUAACAAAGAGGAGAGUCCCCCCUACCCUGGGUUGUAUGAAAGAAAGAAAAAUGAUACGCCGCUUAUACGUUUGCAGAUGGAGAAACCUGACCCUCGACUGAUUAUCACAACGACUAGUGGUUAUACAGACAGUGACAUUCUCUACCAAGGUCGAAAGAAGCGUCAGACUGAAACGUUGUACGUGGAAUAUAUGGUUGUUAUUGACUACAAAAACUUGGAAAGGUGGAAGUCCAGGGUGGGCGGCGAUACUGACCAGCAGAGGGUGGACAAUGCGUUUGAGGCCAUGCACGAGUUCUACCUGUUUGUUGUUAAUGGGAUGGACAUUAGGUUCCAGACAGCAACUGGUUCAGAUGGUCCACCGUUAAGGGUGUCACUGGCCUCACUCCUUGUUUCCACGGAGGAGGCGACAUCACCAUGGUUACACAACAACAUGCUUAGCGACAAUACUGUAGACGACGCCGGUGUGCUGCUAGAUUUCGCCAUGUGGAAAAGCUCCGUUAACCAGUAUCUACCGGGUCACGAUCAUGCGGGGCUGUUUACGGGAUUUGAUAUUGCCACGUCCACCUCCACCAAUCCAAUAGGUAUGGGUUAUCUCAACUCGAUUUGCCACGAGUCCUGGGCUGUGUCAGAGAUAGAGGAGACAUACAAUGCCAUUUCCAUCCACAUUGCCGCUCACGAACUUGGCCACAACAUAGGCACGCGUCACGAUGGCAGCGGAAACUCAUGUGCGAGCUCCUCCCUGUACCUGAUGGCGCCCCGCCUACCGAUCAUCACAAACUCCGCCCUCAGGACCAACCCCUGGACCUUCUCACAGUGUUCUCAAUCCUCCAUCAAGACCUUCAUAGCGGGCCUCGGCAGUGACAGUUGCCUGACCAACCUGCCUGAAGUGUCCAGUUUAACCGACCAGAUGCCGGGCCUCAUAUACUCAGCCGACCAGCAGUGUAACAUGACCUAUGGCAACGACGCCGUUGUCUGCAGGGAGUCCCUGUACAGUGAUUGGGAUUCAGUGUGCUACGCCAUGAAGUGCAGUGUCGAGGGACAGUCGUCCUGUUUGGGCCAGUUCUUCCCAUUUGAUGGAACAGUGUGCGGGGACAAGAUGUGGUGUCUGUCAGGGUCGUGUGUUUAUUCAGAGAACGCUCCUUCGCUCGAUGGAACUUGCAUCUUUGGUGACGAUCCUUCCGUUGACUGUGCAGCUGCAAACGCCUGUGAUGAGAGCGACUUCUUCAGCAGUAAAGUACGUUGCUGUGGCACUUGCAACGCAUUAGGUGUCACAUCUACAACUUCACAAUUUACAUCGUCAAACACCCCAACGGCUACUACACAGUCAACAACUAGACAUACAACCUUGACAGAUUCUACAGUAACAACUACUGUUUCGACACCAGCAACAUCUGCAAAAGUUACACCAGUAACCAGCACUACAUCAUUUCCACAAAGCACGACUACUAGCACGCAAAACACUGCAACGUCAGCCACGCAGUCAACUCCUUCUACGACCACUCUAUCAACUACUACUCCUAUUUCAUCCACCAAAGAUUCUACAUCUCAGACAAGGACUUCAACAGAGUCCACAUCUCAAACAAGGGCUUCUACGGAAUCCAGUUCCCCUUCUAUGUCUACAAAAACUAGUACUGAGACAAUGACGACCUCUACACCAAAACCUAAAAGAGACGCAUAUAUAUCAGCAUUGUUGAUUAAAACAGAGAGGUAUACAAGGAGAUCCGGCUGCGAUACCUUUGCUCUUUCGAUACACGGGAGACAACUUUCCUGGGAUUUACCAGUACGGAGUACUGCCGAGUUCUCCAGUACUGCCGAGUUCUCCAGUACUGCCGAGUUCUCCAGUGCUGCCGAGUUCUCCAGUGCUGCCGAGUUCUCCAGUGCUGCCGAGUUCUCCAGUGCUGCCGAGUUCUCCAGUGCUGCCGAGUUCUCCAGUGCUGCCGAGUUCUCCAGUGCUGCCGAGUUCUCCAGUGCUGCCGAGUUCUCCAGUGCUGCCGAGCGUCAGGCGGAGGCUGAACCACUGAACUUUCGGGAAUGUUAUGCGGUACAUUGUCGUCAUUUAUAA